CUAAUGCUGACUGGCUGGGCUGACGGACGACGGGGAGGUGCACCAUCCAAACAAGAGUCAACAAACGCGAUUUUCUGGUUGCAAAAAUUGCUUGCAUUGCAACAAAAAUACAGAAAGAGUGAAAAACAUUUAAAUCCGUGGACUUAUUAAUUAGCCACCACAAGUGACACGCGGGAAGUGAGUGCGUUUCGCGAGUUCAGGAGAAAGGGCUUCGUGGCGGAGUGGAGAUGGAAAACAUUCCGAGCGAUGGUGGCAGUGGCAGCAGCAGCGAUUCGCGAGUAGGGAUUUGCUGAUUCGCUGGCAGAAAUAUCGGUGGUUCUGUGGGAGGUGCAGCUGCGGAUCUCUGUUUAAUGAAUUGAGGCUGCGACUGAAGGUCCCGCGGGGGAAACAAGGUUUUGGAAUAGACAAAGAGUGGCGUAAAUCGCGGAAGUGAAGAUUUUGACAGGGUUGCUCGCAUUUAGUUGGGUGGGGGACGGAACCGAAGAUGAGAUUUUCCGGGAGAUGGAUUAGGGCUGGGUUGGUGCUGCUGGUGGUUGGGCUGAUGGGUGGCAGUCAGCCCUCGGACGGGGCCCAUCUAACGGGAUCAUUUAGGGUGGAUCAGUUCUUCCGGUUUCUGAUCAAGUUUGGGUUCCAAAAGACGGAGAAGCACUCGCAGCAGAACACGGAAUCGGACACGUUCGGGUACAUCUAUGGGAAUGUGACCAGCAGUGUAAAUCUGAGUGUACCGAUCACGUUGGCCGUGCUGGACAAGCACAACUUUCUGGAGUACUAUGCCAACCGGAACAAUUUCGACCAGGAUGUGGCCUGCCAGCGGAUGUUCGACAAACUGGACAAGGUUGCGUUCAAUAGCAAGUGCAAUAAAGGGGCGGAGGCGGAUUAUCUGAGGAGGAUUCCCUGCGAGCGGGGGAAGCUGUGCGUGGAUGAGGAUACCCCGGCCAAUGUGGUAUCUGGCAAUCAGUUCACUUACGUGAUAAGUGACCCCAAUGUACCCAGAUUUUGGUACAUCUCGAUGGUUGCCUGCUACCAGAACCAAACCACGUGUCAGUGGCACCAUUACGACUACCGGAAGUUCCACAGCCACCCACCGGAGCUGGAGUAUGACAUCCAGCUGGUGAACGGGAAUCCCAACCGGCAGAGCGCGUCGUUCUUCAACCCGCUGUUGUUCCACUUCUCGUUCGAUCAGCAGAACACCCUGGAGAUGUAUCUGAUCUUCUUCGUGAUCUACCUGGUGAUGGUACCGCUCCAGAUCUACGCGGUCCGACUGCAGAAGCAUCCGGUGACGCGACUGUUCACCAUCAGUUUGCUGCUGGAAUUUAUUAGUGUUUGCCUACUGUUGACGCACACCGUACGAUACGCCAUGAAUGGCGUAGGGAACGAGAAUCUGGCCAUCACCGGAGAUAUCUUCGAUAUCUUUAGUAGGACUUCAUUCAUGCUGAUAUUGUUGCUACUGGCCAAGGGCUGGGCAGUUACGCGGCUGCAAAUCUCCGUCAGCAGUUGGAUUCUUCUGAUGGUUAUUUGGAUUCCUUACUGUGCAAUACACGUGCUGCUGUAUAUUUGGAACAGGACCGAGGUCGAUAUCAUAUCCGAUAUCGAUGAGUACCAGACGUGGCCUGGGUGGUUGGUUCUAGCGUGCAGGUCCACCAUGAUGUUGUGGUUCCUGUGGGAACUGCGAAUCACGAUGAAGUACGAACACUCGACGCAGAAGCUGGACUUUCUGCUGCACUUCGGUGCUUCCAGUUUGGUGUGGUUCAUCUAUUUGCCCAUCGUGGCGAUCAUUGCGGUCAAUGUGAACCCACUGUGGCGGUAUAAGUUGCUAUUAGGAAUUACAAAUUCGGCCGACUGUCUUGCGUAUUGCGUGAUGAUGGGCUUGUUAUGGCCAAAUCGAGCCGGACAGUAUUUGCUGUUGACGGGGUCCAACUAUGCAGGCAUGGACGAGCUGGACGAAUUCAACGAAGCACCGCACAUCGUCCACCGGGACUCCGAUUCGGUCCUGCGGGUGAACUGCGACGAUGACUACGUGGACAAUGACGAUGACGACGAAAUCGAAACCCUGGUGCUCAGCACGGACGAUUUGCUGAGUGCGGGAAACCACAGCAGCCACAACCACAACGGUGGCAUCGAGGCGCCACCGACGAUCGUGAGUAGCGGCGGUAGCAAGCCGCUGAUACUGAACGGACGAAGUCGAAACCAUCUGUAAGUAGGCGACGGUGGGACGACGUCCUCGUCUAGGUGAGGCUAUAAUUCUUAUUCUAGUGAGUAGAAGCAAUUCAACGACUGCAGCACUUGUUGUGUAAGUAUGAGUUUUUAAACAGGUAACUCUCUUGAAGUUAUAUUGGGAUUUUUUAGAGCAAAGUACUAUUAUAACUAAACGAUUGGGAUUGCAAACGCAUUUUGUACAUAGUAGGUAAAAAAAACGAGACAAUUUUAUAAAACAGAAAAACGGUGUGAAAUUUUUCUAACAUGAUAUUCGAGAAUCUUUGAACGGAAGUCUAACAUGAAUCUAAAGAAGAAAUAGUAGCAAAAUUAUUCCCCAGAAAGCCACUUGAAACAAAACAGCUCAUGUGCCAUAAAGGAGAGAUAAUAAAAAUCGCUACAUUGAUUGGUAGUUCGCUUCUAGUAAAACGUUGAUUCCGGCUUGUAGAAGUAGGCAUACGAUUUGAGUAGAUAGACACAACUAGAUAGACACCUCGUUAGAAUUUCUACGAAUUAGAACUCCAAAAAUAAUCAUAGGAAUACAAUAAAUACUUUUUUCAAAAUCAAAUAAGUUUGAUUCUAGGUUACCUGUUUAGUAACACAUAAUAAUCUGCCAUAAUUUUAGUAAUUCACAGACUUGUACUUCAUCGUUCGUUUCUUUAAUUUUCGUGUUGUAUAUAAUGUAAGUUUGAUUCCUAUAUUUCACACCUAUGUUACUAUUGAUUAUUGUAUUCCUAUGUAACAUUUUUAAAUCAGGAUAAAAGCAGUUAGCAAGGAUUCAACCAGUGCUCUCCCACUUCAUGGUAGAAAGUUUCUAAGUCGGUGGCACCUUCCAGUAGUGUGUAGAAGUAGGACAUACCCCGAAUGAAACUAGACGGGCAACAACGGCGUGUGAUAUAGAAUGGAAAAUUAUAGCAAUUACUAGAAAAUUGGAAAGACUAGAAAAGUGCAGUGUUACGUAGGUUAAGUAUAGGAGUUGAUGUGGAAGACGAGCAUAGCUUUUAGUUAGAUCGUACUGCGGUUUUGGUUUUGUAGCAAUGAGAAGAUUUGUGGUGAAAUUUUUUGAAGAAGGAUUUAAUCCAACUUUGAUUGCUUUUUAGCUGUUUUUAACAUAUCAAAAUAUUCUUAUAAUCUACAAGUUCAAGAUACAGAGAUUUCUAAGUGGCAUCUCCAGUAAUUCCUUCUGGAAUAACUUCGAAUGAUUCUUCCAGAGCUGGAAAGAAACUAUGUACUUGUGGAAGAAAAUUGUGCAAUAAAAAGCUAAUGAUUGAUUUCGUACAUGAUUUAUCCACGAAAUUUCUGCAUAAAGUUUACAUGCUACGUUAUAAGCAAAAUCGCAAUUAUUUGAAAUAUUUUUUCUUGAAAGUGUACUAGGAAGUUCAUUGAAGUUUUCCAUAUUAACAAAUUAACAAAUUACUCUUGAAUUCCUUGAGAGUUGCUUCAGAGAUUUUCUCUGGAUGGCUCCCAAUGGUUUCACUGAAAGGAUUAUUACAAAGAAGAUUUUACAAAAUUUCUCAUUGAAUUUCUUUAUAAAAAUGUUCUAUGUAUAAAAUAGUGCAGAAUUUCCUAUUGAUGUUUUUCCUAAAAAAAAACCAUCUCAACGUUUUUUGUGGAUUCUUUCGACAAAUAUCCUAUCUUCCUGUUUCAAGUAACUUCAUCAUGUAUCUCUCUAUAAAUUCUUUCUUGAAAUAGUUCUGUGAAAAUGUUAGUUUGACUUCCUAGGCAUCGUACACUUAUUACGUAACGCUAUAGGGGGAGGGGGGAGUCUAGCGUCGCGUUACGAUCCAUACAAAAAUUAUUAGGUUUUCAUACAAAAAGCGUUACAAGGGGGAGGGAGGGGGUCUGAAAUGACCGAUUUUCGCGUUACGUAAUUUGUGUACCAUGCC